AUGAGGAUGAAUAGAGUUGUCACUAUUAAUAUUGUGGAUAUCAAUGACAAUGCCCCAGAAUUUGUCGUCUUGCAGGACUUCUAUGUUGUAGUCAUUGAGAAAGUUGAGGCGGGCUCAUCUGUCGGCAGAGUUUAUGCCACAGACAGAGACACAGGAGAGAACAAGAAAACCAGAUUUGAAGUUACCAAGGUGGACUUUGUCGGCAGUGAAGGGAGUUCCUCAGAGAGUUUGUUUCUCUACGCUGACUCUGCUGAUCAGGAAGAUGCUGAUGGAAGGUUCAGUGCACAUAUAAGGUCCCAGAAGGCAAUGGAUAAUAAUAAAAGAGGAAAGUUCAUAGUGCAGGUGAAGGCGUCUAACCCUGAUGAACUCAGUUCCACCUCUGUGGUUGAGCUUCUCACAGUUGACAGCUCCUACAGAGUCAGUCUCAGAUUUAGUGCGUCUGUGUCUGAAGUCAAUGAGAAUUUGCCUCACAUCAGAGCGAUUCUGAUAAGUGCUACAAAAGCAACAGUUGAAUUCUUCAAUGUGUUUAGUGAGACAGUUACCCGAUCUGAAGAGACAACCGUUUUGGAGGCUUAUUUUGUGUUCCCAAAUGGCACAGCUCUUAACUAUGAUGCAGUGACCUCAAUCCUGAAUUCAGAGGAGGUCUAUAAGGAAUAUGGAUCCCAACUAACUCAGCUUGGAUUUACUGGCAUUUCAACAACUGUUACCGAGUCUACAGAAGUGAAGGCAGAGGUAUUCGUCAUGAUUGGUUUGAUGGCUGCACUGGCGAUCGUUCUUGUUGUAACAACCACCUCUCUCGUGUGCAUCAGAAGAAAUUACAAGAGGAAACUAAAGGCAGCCAAAGCCAUGAAUUCAGCAGCCUCAGAGGUCAUAAAGAAUCAGAAGACCGGCCCUGUUGUUCCUGGAACCAACAAAUACACCAAAGAAGGAGCAAACCCAGUGCUGAAUAUGAAUAUUGACACGGCCACAGACCUAGGCUUUGAUGAAGAUGGCUCCAGCGCAGACAGAGAGAGCCUUAAUUCCCUGGACUACAGCAUUGAUAUGACCAUGACAGAGAAAGACACUAUGCCAAUGAUGGUAAUUCAGGAGGAAGAGGAGGAGGAUGAAAGGAGUGAAUCACCAUACAUUGAGCCUCUGGGUGCUGCACUUGCCCAGCGAGAAAAUAGGAGAGGUGCAGACAGUCCCGGUCUCACUUUUGCAAACCCUUCCAUAGACACCACUGAUCUCUAAGAUUCAGUCUCUGACCUCCACCUAUUUGCCAUUUUUUAUAUGUGAUCCUGCCAAAAAAGGAGAAAAGACUCACAGUAUAUUCCAUUUGGGCAAACUUUAACUUUAAAGUUAACCCACUUUAAAUCACCAAUGCACUUUGAAAUGUAAGAGAGAAAAAAAAUCUCAGUGCACUAAAAACAAGCAGUAAUUCAAACAGUAUUUGAAGUUAAAUUGUAGGCCUACUUACAUUAUUCUCUAUUAUUUUCCAUCAUUCUUUUUUCAUAUUCUGAACUUUUGGAUUCUCCAAUAUGUAAUACAUGUUCCUUGAUUGUAUUGUUUUUUCAUACAGAAGAAUCGAACUCUCUUAAAAAAA